AUGAUUACACCAACAUUUAAAGUAGAUCAAGAUGAUGAUUCAGUCACUAUUGUCAUCCAUACUCCUUAUGUUAGAGUACAAGAUGUAGAUCUAUAUGUAGAAGGCAGUGAAUUUAGAUUUUAUUUACGUCCCUAUUUUUUAAGACUUCAUUUUCCAGGAAAUAUUAUCGAGGACGACAACUCAAAGGCAGUCUACGAUCCCUCUGCUGGUGAAUUUACCAUUCGUGUUUCUAAAGAGACAAAAGGAGAAGAAUUCGCCGAUCUUGACUUGCUUACAAAGCUCUUGGCAAGAACAGGUGAAGCAGAGACUAAAGAUCAACCGAAGAAGCCAAUGAUUGAGGUAAUUGGUAGUAGUUCAACAGCAGACGAUGGAAGGGAAGCAGCAUUAGAAGAAAACGAAAUUCAAGAGGCUAUUGAUUUUAAUUGGGAGAUACCUCAACAGGUACCUAAAUCUGAAGCAUUAUCAAUCACAGCUCGUUAUGGGUUCGAUCAGCAAUAUCAUGGUUAUUUUACGCAUGUUCACGAAACUUUAAAUGAAAUUAAUGAGAUUCAAGACCCAGAGAGGUCAACAUCAGAUAGUGUACGAGAAGAGCGAAUUAACUCAGAAAAUGACCAUUUUGAUGAAGAUCACUACUGUAUGGAUUACAUUCAUAACGAUGAAAUUAAAGAACUGAUAAAAUAUAAAACUAUUUAUGCAAAAGAAUUAAAGCGACUUCAAAAAAUUGCUAAAGCAGCAGAUACAAAAAGUCUUUUAAAGUUUACUACUAAUGAAGAAGCUAUGAUGCGUGACUUACCAAGAAAAGAAUAUCUUUUAUCUUUUGAGAAGAGCGCUUAUCUCGGUUUGGUAGACUUAAUGUUUGCAUACAGUUACAAUCAUCGUAUUACUGAAGGAGAAAAUAACGUAGAAUCUGUGUGGUGUAUAGGUAAAAUAAGUCCUACUUUAUCAUCCUUAGAGGUAAAUAUGACUAUAAAAAAAUGA